GCUCCCGUUGAAUCGCCAAGCUCGUUGUUCCUCGGAGCCCGGCGCAGGACCGAAGAAGUUAGCUCAGCCUGUCGGAUAUCUGCCCCCGAUUUGGUCGCUUUUCUUUCCCCUCCGACCUCCGAGGAUGAGCCGGUGAACUGGAUGGGGAAAGAGUAGCCUGCUGGUCGGCUGACCUAUCACCCUGCGGCGCGGCGCGGCGCGGAGCUCCGGUGUCGGGAACAAACAGCGGGGAAGGGACGUAAAUAAGCCCGGAGAUGGUUCACUUUCCGCGGGGACCUUCGGUGACUUUACUGCUGCUGACGGCGCUUUAAAAUCUGAUUUUUUUAAAAAAACUGAAUUGACAGGAAGGAGGUUAGAUUAAAUCGCUUUGUGGAUUAACAAUGCCGGACCAAAUCACAGUUUCAGAGUUUGUCGCGGAGACAAAUGAAGAUUAUAAAUCUCCUACAGCCUCUAUUUUCACCACCAGGAUGUCCCACUGCAGGAACACAGUGGCUGCUCUGGAGGAGGCUCUGGAUGUGGACCGCAGCGUUCUCUACAAGAUGAAGAAGUCGGUGAAGGCCAUCUACACGUCCGGCCUGGCCCAUGUGGAGAACGAGGAGCAGUACACUCAGGCGCUGGAGAAGUUCGGGGAAAACUGUGUGUGCCACGACGAUCCCGACCUGGGCUCGGCCUUCCUCAAGUUCUCCGUCUUCACCAAGGAGCUGACGGCACUCUUCAAAAACCUGUUCCAGAACAUGAACAACAUCAUCACCUUCCCCCUGGACAGCCUGCUGAAAGGAGACCUGAAGGGCGUCAAAGGGGACCUGAAAAAGCCUUUUGACAAAGCCUGGAAGGACUACGAAACCAAAGUCAAAGGACAUUCUUUACUGAGAGGGACCAAAAUCGAGAAGGAGAAGAAGGAGCACGCUCGGCAGCACGGGAUGAUCCGGACGGAGAUCAGCGGCGCGGAAAUAGCCGAGGAGAUGGAGAAGGAGAGACGCUUCUUCCAGCUGCAAAUGUGCGAGUACCUCCUCAAAGUCAACGAGAUCAAGAUCAAGAAGGGGGUGGACCUGCUGCAGAACCUCAUCAAGUACUUCCACGCACAGUGCAAUUUCUUUCAGGACGGCCUGAAGGCCGUGGAGAACCUGAAGCCGUCGAUAGAGAAACUGGCUACAGAUCUGCACACGAUCAAGCAGGCGCAGGAUGAGGAGAGGAAGCAGCUGACUCAGCUGAGAGACGUCCUGAAAACGGCUCUGCAGGUGGAGCAGAAGGAGGCGAGGAGAGAUUCCCAGGUGCGGCAGAGCGCGACGUACAGCCUGCACCAGCCGCAGGGCAACAAGGAGCACGGCACCGAGCGCAGCGGCUUCCUGUUCAAGAAGAGCGAUGGGUUGAGAAAAGUCUGGCAGAAGAGAAAAUGCACGGCUAAAAACGGAUACCUCACCAUCUCACACGGCACAGCUAACAGACCGCCGGCUAAACUCAACCUGCUGACCUGCCAGGUGAAGCACAACCCUGAGGAGAAGAGGAGCUUCGACCUCAUUUCACAUGACCGAACGUAUCAUUUUCAAGCUGAGGACGAACAGGACUGUCAGAUCUGGAUCUCAGUUCUGCAGAACAGUAAGGAGGAGGCGUUAAAUCAGGCGUUUAAAGGCGACCACCAUGUCGGCGAGAACAACAUCGUUCAGGAGCUGACGAAGGCGAUCCUGGGGGAAGUGAAGAGGAUGACGGGGAACGACGUGUGCUGCGACUGCGGAGCGCCCAAUCCGACGUGGCUGUCCACCAACCUGGGCGUCCUCACCUGUAUCGAAUGUUCAGGGAUCCACAGGGAACUCGGAGUCCACUACUCUCGGAUCCAGUCCCUCACUCUGGAUGUCCUCAGCACCUCUGAGCUCUUGCUGGCCAAGAACGUGGGGAAUGCAGGCUUUAAUGAAAUCAUGGAAGCUUGUUUAAAUGCUGAAAAUGUGGUGAAACCGAACCCAGCGAGUGACAUGCAGACGAGGAAAGACUUCAUCACGUCCAAAUACAUCGAGAAGCGUUUUGCCAGGAAGAAGGGCGCCGACGCGGCGGCUCGGCUGCACACGUUGUGCGAGGCGGUGAAGGCGCGGGACAUCUUCUCCCUCAUCCAGGUUUACGCCGAGGGGCUGGACCUCAUGGAGCCGAUUCCGCUCGCCAACGGACAUGAACAGGGAGAGACGGCUCUUCAUUUGGCCGUCAGGCUGGUAGACAGAACGUCUCUUCACAUCGUCGACUUUCUCACUCAGAACAGUUUGAAUCUGGACAAGCAGACGGCCAAAGGCAGCACAGCGCUGCACUAUUGCUGCCUAACCGACAACAGCGAAUGUCUGAAGCUGCUGCUGAGAGGAAAAGCCUCCAUAGAUAUUGCGAACGAAGCCGGCGAGACGCCGCUGGAUAUCGCCCGGAGGCUCAAACAUGCUCAGUGUGAGGAGCAGCUCAACCAAGCUCUGGCAGGAAAAUUCAACGCUCACGUCCACGUUGAGUACGAGUGGCGCCUGAAGCACGAGGACCUGGAUGAGAGCGAUGAGGAUCUGGAUGAGAAGCCGAGCCCCCAUCGGAGAGACGACCGUCCCGUCAGCUGUUACGCCCCCAGCAGUAACGCCCACCUGCAGUCCAGUCUGGGGCCCGCCGGACGGGACGGAGCGGGCCUCAGCAAGGACAAGCACCGCCUCUUUAUGCCCAGCCUGGUGAACAACGAGACUUACGGAACCAUCCUGAACACCGGCUCCUCUCAGUCGGCCUCCCCCUCUGCUCCGCCCCUGCCCCCAAGGAACCUGGCCCAGUUCUCCUCUGUGGGGGGAAUCAGUCAGUCCGCCACCUCCAGCACCUGGAAACCCGGUUCUAUAGACCUGGUCGGCCGGCAGCGGUCGUCCUCAGACCCUCCCAACAUGCACCCUCCUGUUCCCCCAAUGAGGCUCACUUCUACUGGAGGUCUGGGUCCCGCCCCCGUAGCCAAGAUGGAAGCCAUGAACAUCCAGUCCAAGUCGGGUCAGGGUCUGCUGGGGACCCGGUCAGUACCACCCAAAUCUCCUGCUGGCAACAAUAAAAGCUUCAGCCGAGGUUUCCUGAAUCAAAGUGAAUCUGUAGAACGAGCAGCUAAGGAAGUGCCAGGAUGCCCCCAGAACUCGGUGCCUCCGGCCCACGUAUCAAGGAAAGCAAAUCCAUCUCAGAAGCAGAGACCAAAGCGGGUGAAGGCCAUCUACAACUGCAUAGCUGACAACCCAGACGAGCUGACGUUUUCCGAGGGCGAGGUGAUCGUGGUGGAUGGAGAGGAGGACCAGGAGUGGUGGCUGGGCCACAUUGAAGGAGAUCCAAUGAGAAGAGGCGCCUUCCCCGUCACAUUUGUCCUCUUCAUCGCCGACUGACGGACCGCUCGGGUCCUGCGGAGGCGUCACGAGAUGCUGCGUUAGUCGCCAGCCAUCCGUCUGAGGACCCAUGAGGUUCAGCUCCUCACUCAGAAUCUAAAGAAAACGAUGUUUUCACUGAACAAUCUCUGGCAAUACACAAAGUCUUUCUGCCACAAACCAAGUUUUAACAAAAUGAAGGUCACAUGAAAGUGUUUAUUUCAUGUCUAGAGCCGCAGUGCGCAGCGAAAUCGAUUUUAACACCUGUAACUGUGAACUUAGACAGCAUGCUUACAUUCCAUACCUGUUCAUGUAGCUGCAGUGUUUGUAGAUCUUUAGUGAUGCUCCUGUGUGGAGGAUUUUCCUAAUGGUGCUAAAUUAACCUCAGAGUAUUCGCCAAGCUGCAGCCAGCAGAGCUCCUCAUCCAACAUCCCAUCGCAGCUGGAAGAAAAACACUUCCUGACUUUUGUGAUGAAUUUAUGCUAAUGCAUCUCUCACACACGCACACACACACACACAUACACACACACACACACACACACACACCUGUUUUAGUACUAGGUGUGAGAUUCAUAGUCAAACAGAAAUGUAUCAAAAUGGUCAAACAGCUUUUAUUUAAACAGAAAAUAAUUAUUACAGUUAUAAUAAUAUCUGUUCAAUAUAAGUGUGAAACAAAACCUUUCAGUUGUCACAUGCCAGCAAUAGCUGGUGGUAUGGGGGGGGCGGGGGGGGCAGGGCUUGUUUUUGCCCUGCUUGUGUAAAAACUAGCAGGUGAAGCAAUAGAAAACUCAUUCUGGUUUCACUUGACAAACUUUUUGUAUGUUUGCUUAUGUUACCCACUGGUGGAAUGACACCCUGGGAGGAGAGUUGUAUUGCCUAUAUUGCCAACAGCCACUGUUGGGUUAUUCUGUUGACAGGCUAUGAGCUCAGAUAGUAACUGCCCCAAACCAGGUCUGUACCUUUAACCGCCCCAAACCAGGUCUGUACCUUUAACCGCCCCAAACCAGGUCUGUACCUUUAACCGCCCCAAACCAGGUCUGUACCUUUAACCGCCCCAAACCAGGUCUGUACCUUUAACCGCCCCAAACCAGGUCUGUACCUUUAACCGCCCCAAACCAGGUCUGUACCUUUAACCGCCCCAAACCAGGUCUGUACCUUUAACCGCCCCAAACCAGGUCUGUACCUUUAACCGCCCCAAACCAGGUCUGUACCUUUAACCGCCCCAUUCCUUUAGAUCAGACAUCAACUUCUAGUCAAGCUGGUUGUUGCGUUCUUGAUAAAUGAUGAAGGUCUUUGGUUCUCAUCUCAUAUGAAAAGAAGGAGACGUUUGUGUUGGAGGUGAUGAGUCGUCUGUGCAGAAUGAGCUGCAAGUUACAAGAAGAGAUUUAAAACUGUUGCCUUUAGGACACUAACAGGCUGCUUACUUUAGUCUGCAUCAAACCUGAGACUCUCGACAACCAGCCAGGGAGGAACUCGCUGUUUGGGCUCAUGAGAUGUAGAUGCUUUUACAAAUACAGUGUAAUUAACUUCAUCGUAGUUGCAGAGCAACUUAUUGUUCAUAUUGUCGAUAUUUAAGCAUUUAACCUGAAAUCGGAGCCUUCCAUGGAUUUGUGAAUGACAAGAAGAGAAUCUGUCUCUUCGUUCAAUGUAAGAACUCACUGGAGACGAGAUCUAUCACCUAUUUAUGUCAUGUAAAUAGAUUUGGGUUUUGUUUGAGUAUUUAAGAGGUCAGAGCAGUUAAUGUCUUCCAGUGAACUGCAGCCACAAGACAAACUGUCUGAUCACCACUAACCUGACUCCUAACGUGCAAGCGAAUGGGAAAAGUUCAACUGGAAAAAUAAAUGAUGGAAUAAUGUCAUAAA